GUUUUUUUUCCCCGCCACGAGGGGAGCUGCGGUAUCUACCCUCUACAAUGCCGCCAGCCGUUUGGCCCAGAUCGCAAUCUCGUCGUUGGUGGGACACGGAUACCGAACGCCGAGUGGGCAAAAGCCCGGGGGAUAAGAGGGAGAAGGCCACUUGUCAAGGGGAGACAGCCGCCUGGGCGAUCCUGGGCACGAUCGAUCCUCGCGUGUCGGGGUCGGCUUCCUGUCUCCCGGGCCGUCGGCUUGCGUGACCGGGAACUGGCAGCCACCGAGAAAGUAUCCCAUCCAGCCCAGCUAGCCACAUCUCGAUCUCUCCAAGAAAAGAAACGGGGCCCACGGCAGACACGGCCGCCUCCGGUGCUUAGCUGCCUAGGCAGACUAGGCUAAUUCUUUUUGCUCUUUUGGUGGGCGGCGGCUAUGCCUUGCCGUGCCGAGCCCUCCAAAAGCGCCGCAUUGGAGGGUGCCGCCCAACCACCUCGUGCGGCAGCCAGCCAGCCUGUUGCCGUCAGUGUUUCGAACCGUGUUUAGGUGGUCGAGCGGCGGCGCAUGGCCAAAAAGAAAAGAGCAGUGGUCCAUUAUUGUUAUGAUGCGAAUCUGCUUCCCCCCCGUGGCUACUUGGCGCGCCUUGCCAAGAUGGUAUCACGGCCCCCGCCCCAAGGAUUAUCUGCUUGGAAGUCUUGUCGCCGAGCACUCCAAGCUCUAGGAAAGAGGGGGGGACAAGACGCCAAGGGCCAUGGCAUGCAUAUUGUGGGUGGUGAUGCUGGUGCUGAUGCCCCCCUUUUUAUUUCUCUUCCUUCUUUCCGACAUUCUCCCUGGCGACCUGCCUUCCAUAUUAGGUGCCGACGCGGUGAUUAGGAGCGCGGCCACUGGCGCAAUAGCAUGUGGCUACGGAGGUCCAACCUCGUGACUGGGCUUGGCCUUGGGAGGGCCGAUGGGAUUGGCCAGGCGGCCCCGGUUGAGGCCUCUGGAAAAGUCUUGGGAGAGGGUUCCGCGGGCCUAGCGCUGAUUCGCAGGUGCAACGGAUAUCGAUCAGACCAUAUUCACGUCACUGCGCCGGCGCUAGAGCACUCAGGAGCGCUCCCGUUGGAAGCGUGGGAUGCCGCCCCAGAGCCAGAGGUGCCAGAGGCAGAGGCAGAGCCACAGCCAGAGAGCCCGCCCCUAGGCAACGGCUGGCAUUGGCGAUCGGCAGCGGCUCCCCGGCAAGCGUCCUUGGACAUGGAACUCCCAUCUGGCUCGGCGGGUGCUCGUCAAUAA